CCGGCGGCGAUGGCGGCAGCGCGGUGCCUGCGGGGCGCCCGGCGCCUCCUGCCCGCGGGCGCACGGCAGGAGUGCUUCGAGCUGGCCCGGCUGGCGGGGCCCGUGUUCUUUGCCCAGCUGCUGGGGUUCCUGAUCAGCGUGGUCAGCUCCAUCUUCUGUGGCCACCUGGGGAAAGCUGAGCUGGAUGCUGUGACCCUGGCUGUGUCCGUUAUCAACGUGACAGGCAUCUCCAUCGGUGCUGGCUUAGCCUCAGCAUGUGACACGCUGAUGACCCAGACAUAUGGCAGCAAGAACCUGAAGCAGGUGGGCACCAUCCUGCAGCGGGGCAUCCUCAUCCUGCUGCUGUUCUGCUUCCCUUGCUGGGCCCUCUUCAUCAACACUGAGAGGAUCCUCCUGCUCAUCCGACAGGACCCCGAGGUCUCCAGGUUAACUCAGCUCUACGUGAUGAUCUUUAUUCCAGCACUUCCUGCGGCGUUUCUGUACCAGCUGCUGACAAGAUAUUUACUGAGUCAGGAGAUCAUUAUGCCUCAGGUGGUGACAGGGAUUGCAGCCAACAUCCUCAAUGCGGCCAUGAACGCCUUCCUCCUCUAUGCUCUGAAGCUGGGCAUGGUGGGCUCUGCCUGGGCUAACAUGGUUUCUCAGUACACCCAGGUCAUCCUCCUCGUCCUUUACAUGUGGUGGAAGAAGAUCCAUGUGAAGACCUGGGGAGGUUGGAGCAGGCAGUGCCUCGUGGACUGGGGCUCCUUCAUCUGGCUGGCAGUGCCUGGCAUGGUCAUGAUGUGUAUUGAGUGGUGGACCUUUGAGAUUGGGAGCUUCUUGGCUGGGCUGAUCAGUGUGGUGGAGCUGGGUGCACAAUCCGUCAUCUACGAGCUCGCCUGUGUCGCGUACAUGGUGCCUCUGGGCAUCAGCGUGGCUGCGAGUGUCAGAGUGGGGAAUGCCUUGGGAGCAGGGAAUGUGGAGCAAGCCAAGACCUCCUGCAUCACUGCACUGCUGUGCACAGGAGUUUUUGCUGUGGUGGUUGCAGCAUUGCUGGGGAGCCUAAGGGACAUGGUGGGAUACAUCUUCACCAAUGACACGGAGAUUGUCAGCUUGGUGUCCAAAGUGAUGCUCAUCUUUGGUCCGUUCCACCUGCUGGAUGCCACAGCAGCGACGUGUGGCGGGGUGCUGCGGGGCACGGGCAGGCAGAAGCUGGGCGCCAUGGCCAACGCCGUCGGAUAUUACACCAUCGGCUUCCCCAUCGGCAUCUCCCUGAUGUUUGCAGCCAAGAUGGGGGUGUUAGGUCUGUGGGUUGGGAUGAUCAUUUGCAUCUCCGUGCAAGCCCUUUCCUUCUUGGCUUUUGUCGUCAGAAUGGAUUGGAGGAAAGCUGCAGAGGAGGCUCAAGUCCGAGCUGGAAUGAAAGAACAAGUGGAAGACGUGAACUCCAGUGGCACAGCUGCUAACAAAACAUCUGCUGUGGGUUACACCUCCCUUGACGCUGACACCGGGGACACCACGGUCCUGCCUGAGAGCAUGGUGAUGGGUGACAGGCAGCCUGACCACGAGCUCAGCACGCAGGAGGAGCCUGCUGUUGUCCCUGUCCUUCCCCCUGUGCCGUGGGGGGCCGUGAUCCUCCGCCGUGUGCUGGCCGCUGCUGCUGCCAUCGCUGUCCUGCUGGUGGGAAUCCUGGUCCGGCUCCUGACUGGCAAUGGCUAAAGCCAGGGACACUGGGGAACUGUGCACCGAGCAGGAGGGCACGUGGCAAUGUCCCAGAGGAUGGGGUGGGGAAGGAAUUCCCCCGCAGUGCCUUAAGCAAAGUCCCUUUGCACGGUUUCUGGUUAGCUCGCAAUGUUUUAUAUCCCACACACAGAGUUCUUAAAGGGGGUGAGGAUGUGGCACCUGGGAAAAAAGGGCAUGAGAGCUGGUUCCUCUCCUGCACUGCACUGGGAUGGCACUCGUGAGAGGUGGGAGUGUGUCCUGGGGCUGACCCCAGAAGGAGACAGGGUCCUGGUGCUGCUGUCCUGCACUCUGGGGACAUUGGACCGUGUCAUUUGCUCAUGGCAGAGGCUCCUGCUUCCCACAGCAAGUUUCCUCACAUGCCAGCCUGUACCAGCAUCUUGGGGUGGCAAAUGCCACUUGCAGCAGCUGUGGAACAAAAUGGAUUUUGCUGGAAGAUGUCUGACUCUCCUGUUGGGUGCUGGCUGCUGGCCCUGACCCUGCUCUCCCUCUGCAGGGCGGGCACAGGGCCUAAAGCAACUCUUCUUUGCACUUUUGUAAGGUGGGAUUUUGAUACAAUAAAGUUUUCUGAGUAAAUGUUAGGCUGUUUAAUAUGGUGUGAGCGUGACCCUGGUCAUUGGCAGGACUGAAAGAUUGUGGGUCUGGCCCUGGCCCUGAGGUUUGGGGCUGGCUCCAGUGUUAUCACUCUUCCCCUUGGGUACAAAAGCAAGAUUUGUUGUUGUCACGGUUGUUGAGCACCGUGGAAGAGGGAG